GAAAUGAAACAAACUAAUCGCAUAAUGUAACUUAUUAUGUAGAAAACAGAUGGAGUACAAUUCCCAAAUAGUAGUUAUGCAAAUCCCCUUUCUUCUCUCCCUUCCCACUUUUACUUCACCAUUUGGCUGUCCAGUAGACUCAAGAUUCGUGACCUCCGAAAUUCACUGGCAUAGUCAAAAAUCAGUAGAACUUUUCGGGAAUGAGCCAAUAGAUAGUCUAUGAUUAUAGAACACUAGUAAUAAAGACACAGCCAAUUUAAUGAAAUAGCAUUGCUAUCAAUCCCGAGUUCUAUUGGUUCCCGGUCAUGGGAUCUCCCGAGUAAAUAGACAUUUUUGAAAUCACCCACAUAUCCGAUUUCCAAAAACAAAAAGACACUGGAAACUCCUUAAAAAAUACACCAUCGAACAGACUUCUCAAAGAAACUAGAGAAACCUUGACGAAAUGCCUGACUUUAAUCCAGAGCCAUGGCUACCUAAGGAGGUUGGUCUUGCUUCGACAACACUUGAUUACGACUUUGGCAAGGAAGGGGAAGUUUCAAAGGCCGACUCAACAGCAAGUAAGAUAUAAAAAAACCCAUGUAGUGACCAUACACAAGAGAUGCUAACAUAACAAGAAAUCAUCAACAAGAAAAUGCGAUGUCUUCCGACAACCUUUCAAACCAAAGCUGUAACUUAACGAGUGCCACUGGAGAUACAGCACCCUUGAAAUCCCAGUUCGAUCAAUAUGGUCUUCUUGCCGAAUCAAAUGCCAACGAUCCACCGCAAAAUUGUGGUAUCUCCGGCUCUGCUCCUGGACAAGAAGAUUUGCAAGAAGAUACAGGUUCGAAUGGACACCCAGAGGUGUAUUCCUUUGGUAAACAACUGCCCCCUACUACCAAAGUUCCAAUAAAGUACUAACAGAACCGUAGAUCACACCAGGCCUGCAACAUACCCUAAGCCCAAUGCAUUCGAGCCUUUGGUUUCCGAUCAAGUAUUCUAUCAGUCCGACAAUACAAAUGGCGUCGAAGAGAACCACCACUCGAACCAACGUGGCACAAAACGGAAAUGUGAGUGUGCCGAAGGACUUUAUGUAUCUCGGAACGGACUUUCGGAAAGUAAUUCACAUGCUAACACGCUUUCAACUCAAGAUACUGGCGAGGACCCACAUAGUCGCGAUCUUCUUGAUAAAUCUAGCCCUCCCAUGCGUUUCCAGGAUCGCCCUCUCAAACUUCAAGAAAUUAUCUACAAAUGUAUGUUUCCCGCUGGUCGAGCGGCAUUUAUAGAUUUUGCCCUGAGCCCAAAUUGUCUAAAACCCCACGAGCGACUUACUGGGCUACCAAUCACGAUGGCAAUUUGCAAAGCUAGUCGUAAAUUUACAAAGGAGCACUACACUAUAGUUAAGCGACAUGGUGAAGGUAUCCGGGGUGUAAAUACAAAGUCAUUCUGCUUCAACCCAGAAGUAGACACGCUUUGUAUAUCAUACAACUUCAGAGAACCAUGGCAGCGUUCCAGCAGCGACAUGUACGACUACUGGUAUGACAAAGUUGACAGAAAACUUAAAAAGAAAGGUGCCUUGAAAGAUGUCGGUUUACAAGGUGUUAAAUUUUUAGACGUGCGAGACGUUGUCACCGGCUACCCAGUUGACACGUCGGACAUCUCAUGGUUUCUUCCGCGUUUGUAUAAGAACAGCUUCUUGAGUAGAUUUGAAAACCUUGAAAGGCUGGUCUUCACAAGUGCCCUGAAAAACGAGCCUGAAAUUUACGAAGACGAGCCUGGAGGCGUGUUUCUCAAUUCGCUAGAAGAGUGCGAAAUUUUCUGGGAGGAACUUGCCGAGUAUCUUGAGAAACAAAAAGAUUCGUACAAGGGUAAAUUAGUGGCCAAGGAGAGAGUCAUUGUAAGAGAAUACGAAGCUCCACAAGAUAGACGGGCAUUGGAAGGUUUGGAGAUGAUGAAUUUGCUAUUUUAGGAUGGAUUUGUAUGUAAGAUGGCUGGCAGUGUAUCAAGUAUCACUAUCGAAGCCUCGAGUUGAAGGAAGGGACUUGAUAUUCGAAAAGAAAUAAUGUAAUGACAAUAUAUCUCAUCCAUAAUUUUUGAUCCAAAAUUGUGGCUACUUUCCACAGAAUUGAUACGCA